CUAUCUCUUCAGGUGGCCCGGUCCACCGUUACUCCCGUUCGCUCCCGGCCCCACAUACCUUGAAAAAUAGAGGGACACAGGCCUGAGGAGGAAGCCUGCGAAUAAUGCCCGACUUGACCCGGACAUCGAGUCAUCAGCAAUACCAACAACACCAACAACAUCAACAACAACAUAUUCCUGCGUCACUCUCAUCAACAGUCUCCGCCAUGUCUUACUACCAGAACCCGCGGCAGCAGCUGUCGGGGUUUUACGGCGAUCUCUCCACGACCGGCGCUGGUGGGAUACCCAUGCCUGGGUACGACCCAUAUGCGGUCAACGCGGUACCCCCUCUCCAGAUUCCGACUACUGGGACCGCGAUAGGCGGGCCUGUGGGUGGAGCACUGCCGACACAACAUCGGGCAUCGUCGGGAGCGUGGAACCAGGAGGAUGACCGGACGCUGCUGACGCUGCGGGCGAUGGGCAAGAACUGGAACCAGAUCCAGAGGGAAGCCUUUCCUGGCAAGACCGGCAACGCAUGUCGGAAGAGGCACGAGCGCUUGAUGGAGCGCCGCGGCCAGAACGACUUUGAUAACCGGAAGCUGGAGCGCCUGUGUAAGGAGUACAUGAGCAUGCGCAAGGAGAUUUGGCAACCACUAGCAUCUCGCUGCGGCGAGAAAUGGAACGUCGUUGAGAUGCAGUGCAUGUCCAAUGGCCUCAAAAAUAUCCAAUCCCACGCCCGCGCCUACGCCCGCCGCGAGCGCCUCGAGUCGGGCCAGCCCCUGACCACGUACGGCGACCCCGACGGCGCCCUCGACUGCCUCACGCCGGUCGACGACGUCGACGUCGCCGACCAAUCCUACAGCUCCCCGGAGACGGGCGGCUCCACCACCGGCACCCAUUCCACCCCUGGGGGCAGCUCCGGGUCCGCCGGCUCCGCGGCCGGCUACCUGUCAUCUCACCACCACAGCGCGCACGCGCACCACCAUUCCCAGGCCGCCGCCGCGGCCGGCUACGGCCACGGGUACGGUGCCCCGUACGGACACCACCAACACCAGCAGCAGGCCCAAGCGCACCACGGGCACGGGUACAGCAAUAGCGUGUCAAGCACCGGCACCGUGGGCGGUUAUGGCACCGCGUCCCAGCAGGCUGGUGCUGCCAGUGCCGGAUCUGCAAGCGGGUCUGCCAGCCAGGGAGCCAGCCCAUACCUAGGCCACAGCGGCAGGCUGCCUAGCGUCGGGGACAUGGGCAUCGACGCCAUCAUGAAUAGGGGACAGGGCAGCUGAUGCUUGCCUUGCCCUUUUCUUUCCUUUCUUCUCAUUUCUCUCUGUUAUUCUUUUUCCUCUUUAUUUUUUUAUACAAUGGGUUAUCGUUCAACUACAUCUCUAAUACCUGGACUGGGUUUGGAUAAGUUGCAUGACAUGGCAGUCGGGGAGGCAAAGACAUUUCUUC